AUGGCUAUGCCAGUCUACGCGAUGUCUUGCUUCAAACUCCCUAAGUCUACGUGUACUGCCUUGUCCAGUGCAAUGGCCGACUUUUGGAGGCAAGCUCUAGAGCAUAAAAGGAAGAUCCAUUGGGUAAGCUGGGAAAAGUUGUGUUUAUCUAAGGAGCAUGGAGGUUUGGGCUUCAGAGACAUUGCAAGUUUCAACCAAGCUUUGUUAGCCAAACAAGCGUGGCGUCUUCUUCAAAACCCAAACUGCCUUUUUGCAAGGAUUUUUAAGAGCCGAUACUACCUGCAUACUGAUUUCUUAAACGCUGAAGUCGAAGAUUGCCCCUCCUUUGUCUGGAAAAGUGUGCUUCAUGGAUCAGAUCUUCUACAACAAGGCCUAAAAAGGAAAAUUGGCAAUGGGAAAUCAAUCAGAGUUUGGAUGGACCAGUGGAUCUUUGAUGGUGAAUGGAGAGCCCCUUACAGUAGACAAAUACACAUGAACAUCUCCCUCAAGGUCAGUGACCUUAUUCAUCAUCACUCAAAUGGUUGGGACCGAGAUCGUCUCGAAGACCUGUUCUAUCCCCCAGAUAUUGAUCGCAUUCUGGCAAUCAAACUGGUGCUAGAUGAGGAAGAUUUCUGGUGCUGGGAGCCAAAUAAAUCUGGAGAUUACUCGGUUAAGUCUGGCUAUGAUUUAGCUCUCUCCAUUAACAAAGGCCAGCUCAUUGAAGAAGCCUCUCUUCAACCUUCGCUGAACCCCUUAAAAGAGAAAAUUUGGUCUAUCAACACGGAGCCUAAGAUCAAAACUUUCCUUUGGAAAGCCUUAAGUGGAGCCCUUCCUGUUGCUGAAAGACUUAUCUCAAGAGGAAUGAAGAUCGACAGGAGAUGUUAG